AUGGCCGACGCAGAGGAAAAGGCGCGCCAGGAAAAGAUCGCCGCGGCAAGAAAGCGCGUCGAACAAAUGAAGAAAAAGAAGGGCAAAAAGGCUGCCAAGAAAGACGACGCCAAAGAAGAAGACGAAAUCCCCGAAACCGCGUCCCCAAAUGCCGAAGAGCGGGCUGAAUCGUCCGAACUGCCUUCCGCAGAUCCGGCCGAAGACAAAGGAGGGGAAGCCGCCGCAGGCAACGACCGGGCGGUUGAGGACGAAAAGGCAGACAAUCAAUCGCCGUCGACGACUCCAUCGCUGGCACAACAGUCGAAGAUGAGAUCAACAUCGUUCCGUGCUGGUGCGACUGGAACGACUUCUCCAGGCCCGUUCAGCCCCGAUGGUGACACCGCGCCAGAGAUUUACAGGAAGCAGGUCGCUCGCAUCGAGGACUUAGAGAAGGAGAAUAGGAAACUAUCCAAAGAGUUCUCGGACUCGGAAAAACGAUGGAAGAAGGCGGAGGAUGAGCUCGCUGAGCUCCGUGAAGCCGAUGGUGAUUCUUCGGCGAAGGGCAAAGCAAAUAAUGAAACGGAGCAGUUGAAAAGCGAAAUUGCUUCACUUCAACGACAAAACACGCAAUUGCAGCAACAAGUCUCGAGAGGCUCGGGCCAUGGCCAUCGGGCCUCGGUUUCUAUUGCUACCCCCCUUUCAGAGCUGCAGGCCGAACUCGACGCGAAGAAGUCCACCAUAGAGUCCAUGGAAAUUGAAAUCUCCACUUUGAAAGCUCGGGUGCAGCGACAGGAAACUGGCGCUGAAACAGAAAAAGAACAAGUAAAUGCGCUCGAAGACAAGCUUGCUCGGGCCGAAGCGGCUGCAGGCAAGGCACAGCGAGAAUUGCAGGAUGUAAAACGCAAUCUCGAGAGAACAACUGAUAAAGCAGUCCGUGAGGGCAGUGAGCGUUCAAGCGCGGAGGUAAAAGUCAAGACACUUGAACACGAGCUGGAGGAAACAACAAAGGCCAAGUCUGACAUGGAGGUCAAGAUUGAUGCGUUGGAGAAGAAAGUGGCCACACUGACCACCAUCCACAAGGAGCAGGACUCCAGGUCUCAAGCCUUGCGAAAGGACAAGGAGCGUGCCGAAAAGGACGCAAAGGACCUGAAAGCCAAGGUGGAGAAGCUGGAGAGCGAAAACCAGAAACUUCGCAGCCGCAAGUCGGCAGAGGGCGGUGGCGGACUUGAUGAUGAGGGCGUGGACGAGCUUGAGAACGAAGAGCGAUUACGACUUGAAAAGAAGAUUCGAAGUCUUGAACACGAAGUGCACGAACUGCGAAGCGGGGCAUGGAUCGAGAAACGCCGAGAAAUGGAGGCCACCAACACCGGCUUCCAUGACGUGGACCUUUCCGGAGGCUCGAUAGGUCACUCGUCACAAAGAAAACACUCGACCAGUGGUUUCGGUGAGUUCCUCACCAACGGGCUUAAUGCCUUGGCCGGUGGUGGUGUUGGUGGAGGAGGAGCAGGUGCUGAACACGAGCUGAUGGAUGACGACGACUUUGACUUUGACGAGGACGCCUUCCGCAAGGCCCAAGAGGAGGAGUCAAAACAGCGACUGGAGAGGAUCAAAGAGAUCAAGCGAACUCUGAAGCACUGGGAGGGCUGGAGGUUGGACAUUGUCGACAUUAGGAGGGGUGGGGGCGAGGGUAUCGGUGACAUUUUCGACGUGACGCGUCAGAGCCACCUGGCCAGGGAGCUUGGAAUGGCUCAUGUGGACGUGUCGGUGCGGGUAUGGGGAUAUGCAGCUCGUGUUACACCCAUCUUCGAGCUGUUUGGAACGCAUUGUGAACAUGUCCAACACUCUGAUGUGCCGUAUUGCGUGGAAUAUCGAGUUCAAUAUCCCAUGGGGCAAGAAUUCAUCUAUAUGAGACGUCGCUCAUUCCGUGAAAGUGCUCCAACUUCUUUCCUCACAUUCAACACCUUCAACACCUUCAACACCUCCACCAAAAUCUUUCCACAUAUUCAGCAUCAAUCACGCCGUUUCGAGCACAACACCAUGCCGAAGCGGAAAGGCAAGCAGCAGCAACGCGAAACUAGCGCUUCCCCUGUCCGGCCACACCGGGGCGAUGAUGAAAGAGGAAACAGUGAGGUCAUGUCUCCUUACAUAUGGUGUUGGCAAGCCAUUCAAAAGCGUGCCCGAGUUUUUGCUCAAAAAUCAUGUUUUUUGAUAAAAUACAAUUUCAACCGCGAGGACGCUUAUACGGCAGCAUCGUUUGAGGCGUUGCUGGGAGCCUAUUCCGGAACCCAACUUGGAACCCGUCCCGGAGGCCAAAUUGGUGUCGAAGCAACUACGGAGCGCAUGAUACAGUUGUACGCAGUCGCGUACAAAAUUGGCCUUAAGGAUCUUCUGGUGCUUGCUUCAUGCUGGCUGGGUGUAACCCCAUGGAAAAAAUUUAAGCCAUCUGAAGCGUCCCAUGUCGAUGAGCAGUCCGACGAUGAUGAGGAGACGGCAGACGUCUGGGCGGUGGGACUUUAUCGGCUUAAAUUGGCUGGAAUUGCUAAUGCUCUCGAAUUGAUGAAGGAGGAGCUUGCAAAAUCUCAUCAAUCAUCCAAGCAUGUGUGA